GUUGACGUAAUCUUGUUAAAUCAAGGCAGUUGAUCAAUUCUCUCCGCCUGGUUGCAGAUAGGCGUCCGUCUUUCAUUAUUACGAGAAAACAAGGCUCAAUAAGGAGUCCUUGGUCACGAUUGAAACGCCAUCCGGUGGAGGACACCGCUAUGAUGGACAUUUUUCACGAGAGUGGACUUUACGACAGAUUUCAAGCUGGCACAUUCUGAUAGAUAAACAACACGCUUGACAUCCGCUAGCUUUAUCGGUACCCGUCUCCAUUGCCUGAUAGUGUUGGCGCUGCUGGAUUGACAGACUUCGAAGGAAAGGUCGACACGCAACACAAUUAAUUAAAAAGACCGUUCUGCACCACAAACAUGUCUGGGGCUUCGGUAAAAGUCGCCGUUCGAGUUCGACCCUUCAACUCCAGGGAGACAAGCAAGGAUUCGAAAUGUAUCAUUCAGAUGCAAGGCAACACUACCACUAUUCUCAACCCUAAAGCCCCAAAAGAACCAGCAAAGACCUUCAGUUUUGAUUACUCCUACUGGUCACAUACGACACCGGAAGACCCCUGCUUUGCCGCACAGAACCAAGUGUACAAUGAUAUUGGCAAGGAAAUGCUGCAGCAUGCCUUUGAGGGGUACAAUGUGUGCAUUUUUGCAUACGGCCAGACUGGAGCUGGCAAAUCCUACACCAUGAUGGGCAAACAGGAGGAGGGCCAGGAAGGAAUUAUUCCCAUGCUUUGUGAAGACCUAUUUGAGAAAAUCAAUGAAGAUAACAACAAAGAGGAGCUCUCCUAUUCUGUAGAGGUCAGCUACAUGGAGAUCUACUGUGAGCGGGUGCGAGAUCUACUCAAUCCCAAAAACAAAGGGAAUCUCCGAGUGAGGGAACAUCCACUUUUAGGCCCCUAUGUUGAGGACCUAUCCAAGCUUGCCGUUACGUCUUACACAGAUAUUGCUGACCUAAUGGAUGCAGGCAAUAAGGCCAGAACUGUGGCUGCCACCAAUAUGAAUGAGACCAGCAGCAGGUCGCACGCAGUGUUUACCAUUGUUUUCACACAGAAAAAACAUGACAGUGAGACAGAUCUUUCCACUGAAAAGGUCAGCAAAAUUAGUCUUGUGGACUUGGCAGGAAGUGAACGAGCAGAUUCCACUGGCGCUAAAGGCACUAGGCUGAAGGAGGGUGCAAACAUUAAUAAGUCCCUGACCACAUUAGGAAAGGUCAUCUCUGCUCUAGCUGAAGUGGAUAACUGUACCAGCAAGAGCAAGAAAAAGAAGAAGUCUGACUUCAUCCCAUACAGGGACUCUGUUUUGACAUGGCUCUUAAGGGAAAAUCUUGGUGGAAACUCCAGAACAGCAAUGGUUGCUGCCCUCAGUCCUGCUGACAUUAAUUAUGACGAAACUCUCAGCACACUGCGCUACGCCGAUCGCGCAAAGAACAUUAAAUGCAAUGCUGUUAUUAAUGAGGAUCCCAACAACAAACUGGUGCGUGAUCUGAAGGAUGAAGUUGCUCGACUGAAGGAGCUGCUGCGUGCACAAGGGCUGGGAGACAUCCUAGACAUUGAUCCUCAGGGGGAUGAUUACCCAGGAAGUGGAAUCAAAUACCUCAAAGACAUUCAGAACAAUAAGAAUAGAUACUUGAUAGCCUCAGAGAACCAACGCCCUGGCCAUUUCUCCACAGCCCCUAUUGGUUCCCUGACAGCCUCCCCAUCCUCUGGCUCACUGUGCAGCCAGGGGGCCCUGCAGUCGGUUACUAGCAUCCAGGAGCGCAUCAUGUCCACUCCAGGUGGAGAGGAAGCUAUUGAAAGACUCAAGGAAUCCGAAAAGAUCAUUGCUGAGCUAAAUGAAACCUGGGAAGAAAAGCUACGAAAGACCGAAGCAAUCCGAAUGGAGAGGGAAGCAUUACUUGCAGAAAUGGGUGUGGCAAUCCGUGAAGAUGGAGGCACUUUGGGGGUUUUCUCUCCUAAAAAGCUCAGCCACGAAAAUCCCUUUGAUGAUCAGUUUGAUUGUUUACCAAACAAGCAUUUGAAUGAGAAGCCUUGUGAUCUCUAUACAGACUUUAAUGGGGUCUUCUCCCCAAAGAAGACACCUCACCUGGUUAACCUGAAUGAGGAUCCCCUCAUGUCUGAGUGCUUACUGUACUACAUCAAGGAUGGAAUUACAAGGGUGGGACAGGCUGAUGCUGAAAGACGACAGGAUAUUGUCUUGAGUGGUGCUCAUAUCAAGGAGGAGCACUGUAUUUUCCGUAGUGAGAGGAAUCUCAAUGGCGAUGUGAUCGUCAUGCUUGUCCCCUGUGAGGGAUCAGAGACCUACGUCAAUGGCAAGCGUGUUGAGGACUCAAUCCAACUGCGUUCAGGAAACCGUAUUAUUAUGGGAAAGAACCAUGUGUUCCGCUUUAACCAUCCUGAGCAAGCCAGGGCGGAAAGGGAAAAAACGCCGUCAGCCGAGACUCCUGUGGAGCCGGUAGACUGGACCUUUGCUCAGAGGGAGCUGCUAGAGAAACAAGGCAUAGAUAUGAAGCAGGAAAUGGAGAAAAGGUUAACUGAGAUGGAAAUCCUAUACAAGAAGGAGAAGGAAGAAGCAGACCAACUUCUUGAACAGCAGAGGCUGGUUUAUGAGAGCAAACUGCAAGAACUUCAGAAACAGGUUGAGACUCGUUCUCAGGUUGCAGAAACGCCUGAUGAGGAAGAGCUAGAGGAGGAAGAGGAAGGGGAAGUGCCAUGGACCCAGCACGAGUUCAACCUCGCUCAGUGGGCCUUCAGGAGGUGGCGAUUCCACCAGUUCACAUCACUCCGAGAUCAGCUUUGGGGAAAUGCUGUCUACCUGAAGGAGGCCAAUGCGAUCAGUGUGGAACUUAAAAAGAAAGUGCAGUUCCAGUUUGUCUUAUUGACGGACACACUGUAUUCACCACUGCCCCCCGAGCUCUUACCACCAGAACCCGAAAAAGAACGUGAUUCCAGGCCUUUUCCUCGCACGGUGGUGGCCGUCGAGGUCCAAGACCUGAAAAAUGGAGCCACACACUACUGGUCCCUCGAGAAACUCAAGCAGCGUCUGGACCAGAUGCGGGAGAUGUACGACCGUGCAGGAGAAAUGGCUUCAACACACCAAGAGGAGGGUGGAGAAGGCACUCUGACAGGAAAUGACCCCUUUUAUGAUCGCUUCCAUUGGUUUAAGCUUGUAGGGAGCUCCCCCAUCUUCAACGGAUGUGUAAACGAGCAUCUGACCGACCGCACGCCCUCGCCCACCUUCUCCACCACUGACUCUGAGAUCACCGAGCUUGCGGACGAGCGGCAGAGCGAGAUGUCGGACUUGAUCGACGACGAGGCAUUCGUUGAUGAUACCAGCUCAGACGCCGGCACGGAGGAGGGCUCGGAUAUCUUCAGCGAUGGCCAGGAUCCCUUCUAUGACCGCUCCCCCUGGUUUAUCCUGGUGGGAAGAGCUUUCGUGUACCUGAGCAACCUGCUAUACCCCGUACCACUGGUUCAUCGUGUUGCCAUAGUAACGGAGAAAGGCGAUGUGCGAGGAUUCCUGCGUGUGGGGGUUCAAGCCAUAGCUGCUGAUGAGGAGGCCCCAGACUAUGGGUCUGGAGUGCGACAGUCUGGUACUGCCAAGAUCUCCUUUGAUGAUGACUACUUUAAAAAAAAUGAUUUCCCAUCCACAGUAAUGACCCACUCUGGCCUAUCUUUGGAAGAGUUGCGCAUUGUGGAGGGCCAGGGUCAGAGUUCAGAGGUCAACACCCCAUUGGAGGAGCUCAACAGAAUUAAUGACAUGGGUACGGAUGCCGGAACUUUAUCCCAUGAACUCAAGCUGGGAAAAAAUCCAGAGACUAAGCUUCCUUGUGGCGACAGUCUAUCAGGCCAGUUGGAGAUAGGCAGCACCUUCACCUUCCGUGUGACUGUACUCCAAACCACAGGUGUCCCACCUGAAUAUGCGGAUAUCUUUUGCCAGUUCAAUUUCCUGCAUCGUCAUGAUGAAGCUUUUUCCACCGAGCCCUUGAAAAAUACUGGCAAAGGCACUCCUUUGGGAUUUUAUCAUGUCCAAAAUAUUUCAGUGGAGGUGACAGAGUCCUUCAUCGAAUAUAUAAAGACCAAACCCAUUGUGUUUGAAGUCUUCGGCCACUACCAGCAACACCCGCUGCAUCUCCAUGGCCAGGACUUCAUCAGUCCUCCAACACCAUCCAGGAAAUACUAUCCUAUUCCAAUGCCACUGUCUAAACCUGACCAUACUCGUAAGAUAGAGUUGCUGCGCUACCUGAUGAGUGGCUAUGUGAACGGCAAGGUGCUGGACACGCUGUCCGAGCACGCCAAUGCCUUGGCCUCUUCUGCUGUGGCAAGCCUGGAGGAUGAAGCUGACCAGCUAUCGCACUUCCCGUUCCUCUCAGUGCUUCAUGACCCCGUGUUUGUCGUGCCCAGGCACCACGUUCCAGCUACCAAGUUGAAUACAAUCACCAAGUCCAACCUGGGCCAGUGCGUCAGCAAGUACGACCUACUCGUCUGGUUUGAGAUCAGUGAGCUGGAGCCCACUGGAGAGUACAUUCCAGCCAUAGUAGAUCACGGUGCGGCGCUGCCUUGCCAUGGAACAUACCUGCUGCACCAGGGGAUCCAGCGGCGGAUCACUGUGACUCUCAUCCACGAGAAGGGUAGCGAGCUGCACUGGAAAGAUGUUCGUGAACUGGUUGUGGGUCGUAUUAGGAACAAAGCUGAAGUGGAUGAUGGUGCUGCUGAUGCUGUCUUGUCACUUAACAUCAUCUCAGCCAAGAACAUCAAGUCGUCCCACAAUUCCAACAGGCUGUCUAUUGAUAAGGAUAUUGAUAGGACCUUCUACCGCUUUGAGGCAGUCUGGGACAGCUCCUUACACAACUCCCUCCUUCUAAACCGAGUCACUCCUUAUGGGGAGAAGAUCUAUAUGACGCUGUCAGCAUAUCUGGAGCUUGAUCACUGCAUCCAGCCAGCCAUUAUCACCAAGGACAUCUGCAUGGUCUUCUAUUCCCGAGAUGCAAAGAUCUCUCCUCCCCGUUCUCUCAGAAGCCUCUUCGGGAGUGGGUAUUCUAAAACACCUGACUGCAACCGUGUCACCGGAAUCUACGAGUUGAGUUUGUGCAAAAUGUCCGAUUCUGGAAGUCCAGGAAUGCAACGUCGGAGGAGGAAGGUCUUGGACACAUCAGUGGCGUAUGUGCGCGGUGAGGAGAACCUGGCUGGUUGGAGGCCCAGAGGAGAUAGUCUCAUCCUGGAACACCAAUGGGAGCUGGAGAAAAUGGAGCAGCUGCAUGAGGUGGAGAAGACCCGCCACCUCCUCCUGCUGAGAGACAAGUUGGGAGAAACGUCUCCCGUUGGAUCAGCACCAACAACCAAGUCCCUGAGCGAGUUGCUGUCUCCAAGCAUGAGCUCAGGCACCCUGUCCACCUCCACUUCCAUCUCCUCGCAAAUCUCCAGCACCACCUUUGAGAGCGCCAUCACGCCCAGUGAGAGCAGUGGCUACGACUCUGCUGACAUCGAGAGCCUGGUGGAUCGUGAGAAGGAACUGGCCACUAAGUGCCUCCGCCUCCUGACUCACACCUUCAAUAACGAAUACAACCAGUUGGUGAACAGCAUCAGUGACUGCAAGCUCUCUGACAUCUCACCCAUCGGACGUGACCUUUCGAUGACAAGCUUUAGCAGUGCCACGCUUACCCCUUCCUCCACCUGCCCGUCUCUCUCGGACUCUCGCUGUGGCUCUGUAGAACAGAAGACUCCAGAGAAUUGUUCCCGUGCAUCCAGCCCAUCCUGCUCAGAUUAUGAAAACUUCCCCAUGGUUCCCAGUCUUGAGGCGUCAUACCUAGCACGUGCUGGGAAGAACGAGUUCCUCAACUUAGUGCCUGAUAUUGAAGAAAUGAGACCAGGAUCUGUUGUGUCCAAGAAGGGCUUUCUAAGCUUCAUGGAACCACGAUCCAACUCGUGGGUGAAGCAUUUUGUGGUUGUUCGUCGACCUUAUGUCUUCAUCUACAACACUGACAAGGACCCUGUGGAACGGGGGGUCCUCAACCUUUCUACAGCUCAAGUGGAAUACAGUGAAGACCAGCAGGCCAUGCUCAAGACACCACACACGUUUGCUGUGUGCACAAAGCAUCGAGGUAUCCUCCUGCAGGCCAACAAUGAGAAAGACAUGAAUGACUGGCUCUACGCCUUUAACCCUCUGCUCGCGGGAACGAUAAGGUCCAAACUGGCGAGGAGGCGAAGUGGCCUCAUGAAGAACUGAAGUGGAUACCACAAGCUCCAUUCUUUCUAAACGCCUUUGAACAUACCAUGUUAAUACCUAUUAAUCAUUGUGAUUCUUGAGAGUUUUCUCUUGUAAGUAGACUUGUGGCUUACGUCUUUUUCUUGCGAGUUCUGUCCCAUUCAAUCCUCAGCUUUUUGUUUUGGUUCAUUCAUUUCAGAGUCUCAUUUUGUUCUGCUUUGCUGUCAUCCCCCCUGACGCCGAGUCCCUAACUAGUAGCAUGUCGUGAUAGUCUUCUCGUGUGCACGGUUCUACCGAAAGCGUUUCUCGGCCUGCUUGUUUUUCGUUCGCAAAUCACCUGUGAAAAUGUCUUCCCAUCUUAUUUUUCAUUUUAUUCUUGCAUGAUAACUGCAACAGUCCUCAGGAGAACACCCUUAUUUGCUUUACUGGAAAAAAAAUGGGAUUCAAACAUGAAGGGAUCAUAUUUAUCUUAUUUCUGAGGGAUGCAUCUGCUCUACGCAAAGCAACACAUGUUCUAGAACAAUUGCUGCUAGUGUUGACUUUUCCCCCUAUACGAGUUCAGCCUCGUACUAACAUAAGAUGCCUGGCCUGCUCCUCAAUUGCCUUUAGAAAACUAACCAACAUAACACCCAUGUACAGUACGUAACCCUGCUGCAGAGCCACCUCGCGAUGGGAUAGAGGUCACCUGCAUAAUUGUUUCCUCGCACGGGCAGGACAUAUGAAUGAUCUGGGAGGUUUAACAUGUAAUCCAGGGGUUGAGAACCGUGAAAAAAAAAAAAUGUUCACACACGUAGUAUAAUAUAUGACUGCUUAUAUAAUAGAAUGCUAAAAAUUUUUUUGAUUAUAUUCACUCAAAAGACCCCGUGAUACAAAAUAGGUUCCCCACUCCCGAUGCACACACAUACUGUACGUACACAAACUGGAGCCCCUUUUUUGGUUGGCAGCAUUUACAUGUUUGUCGAAAGAGGGAGGAGGCAGCAGUUAGAGUAAUAGAAGAAGCAAUGUGCAAAUUGCUAGUAUUACAGUUAACACACACACUCAAUGUCACUGUGUCAACACCAUGUGUUUUAUUCAUUUUGUCUUCAAAGUCUAGAAUUUGCUACUUUUUAGUUGCUGUUAACCUUUUUUGUAUCAAUCAAUACUUUAAUAAGUUUGUUUUAUAUACAGUGUGACAGGGCAUUUGUUUCUAUUUUUUGGAAUCAGCUGCAAUAGUGUUUUAACCUCUUUUUUUUUUUGCACGUGUACACUAUAGCAAGACAAGGGAUGAAAUGCACAUAUCAAGGCUACACUGGAUGGCUGUUACACAAAAGGGUUAUUAGAAAUAUGAUAUAUUUAAGGGGCAAGCUAUACACAAGUACUUUAGUCAUGUUAUUGUUGUCGGAAAAUAGUUGCUCUGUGCAUUAUUGGUUCCAUUGCGUUCCAGUUCAACUCACUUUUGGCCCCUCUGUCUCAACAUGCGAGCAUGAUGUGAUUGGUACAUGUGGGUGACAUAAUCUCUGGCCAACCAACCACGAGUGUGCCCUUGUACAUUAUAAAUUUGUGUGAAAUGAAGGUGGACAGAGAGGACAAAAUGCUAUUAUUAUUAAAAUAUACAACUUUUUGUCCACAGGUCAGCCAACCUGCUGGUCAGUAAAUAAAAUAUGAGGGAUGUUGUUGGCGUUGCUGAUAGUUUUUGCAGAGCAGUUAUUUUCCACCUGCGUGGCUAAUUUGCAGAGUUCAUCUUACUUUGCGUUGUGUAUUUAUUAUUUGCAAUGUACAUAUUAGUUUGCAGGUCUUUGCACAUAUUUACAAAAAAUGAAGAACUAACUGAACAAAAUCUGCUCAGUGUAGUUGCGCUUGAACCAAAUGAAGUGGCGUGGCAGUGGAAUGUACUGAGAAGAUGUGUGUAUUAACAGUUCACUUGUGAGGGAAUAAAAGAACCAGAAUGAAACUCACUGUUCCUUGGUGUGGACAGCUGAUUCAUUGGUGCUUCCUGUGUUUUCCCAUUAGAAAGGUUUUCAGGUGAAAGUCUGCCUGUCUUUGCGAGCAUAUUCACAGACUACUCAUACUAGCCAGCCAUGUGAAAUCUAAAUCAUAUUAAGUCUUUAUUUUUUGCGUAUAUCAGGGAUUAUAAUAUGAAGUAGCUCAUUCAGUUUGAAAUCACUAAUUUGUUAGUGUUUGUGCUUGUUUUCACCUCGACACAUUUCCGUUGAUGCCUUUUAAACAAAACAAGUUUCCCCUCUGAGUUAUCAGUCAACCCUUUUAGAGUCAUCAAAAGUUAGAAAUACUUGUAGAAAAAGGCAAACAUUGACUCUGUACAUUGUUUUCAUUUCCAUACUUAUUUUGUAAAUAUCUGUGUUGUAUGGAGCUUCAAUUAAAAUGUAAAUAUGUUUACUGUAUUUGUAAUAAUUAUAAUCCAUUCGCUGUAUAGCAUAGAUGUGUCAUGCAGAUAUCCUAUCUUAACAACUGUGCGGUAACCCUUGCACCAUUGGUCUGUCUAGUGAAUGAGGAAACAAUAAAAGUGCAAACUGGCGAGAAAAAGUGA